AUGUUGGAACUGCCUCAGCAGCUCACACCAAGUGAAAUCUUGUAGAUCAGACUACUCGUGCCGAUCAUGCCGUGAACGUCAUCACAGCCUACUUCAUCACGCUUCUCAUUCAUCCGUAACUGUUCAACCGAAAGUUACUCUGGCGGCUCAAUCCGACGAUGAAAUGGUGUUUCUCGAGACGGCAAUAGUUUACAUCGUAGACGAUUAUGGAAUUAAGCACGAGGCUAGAGCGCUUCUUGAUUCGGGAUCGAUGUUAAACUUUAUAUCGGAAUCAUUGGCUCAGAAACUCCUCACCCCUCGUACGAAGGUGAAUGUGUGCGUUACUGGCAUCGGGUCAGCUAGGCAGCAGGUGAAAGGUUCAAUCACCGCUAGUGUUCGAUCUAAGGAUCUACACUUCACCACACCGAUGGAGUUUUUCAUCCUUGACACACCGAUCGCAGCCAUUCCUACCAAACCGGUAGACGUUUCUUCAUGGGAUAUGCCGAACGUGACCCUCGCUGAUCCCACUUAUCACGUUCCUGGUAAGGUGGAUCUCAUCAUCGGCAGUGAUCCAUUCUGGGAGGUUCAUACUGGACGUAAGCGAUCAUUAGGCGCAGGCAAGCCGUGGCUAGUGGAGACCCGAUUUGGAUGGGCUGUUUCCGGAAAUACAGUGCAGUCAUCACCAACUCCACGUGUAUGUCAUGUUGCAAUGAGCGAAAGUCCUUUGGAGGCAAUCAUGACACGUUUCUGGGAGAGCGAAACCAUCUCCGAUGAACCCGCUCUAUCUGUGGAAGAAGACAUCUGUGAGAAUCAUUUCACCGCUAAUACAACUCGGGAUGGUUCAGGAAGGUAUGUCGUUAGCUUGCCACACAAGUCUAAUCCCAAUAUCAUUUUAGGAGCCUCAAGGCAGAUAGCAGAUCGUCGUUUGCUAGCGGUAGAACGGCGACUGAAGGCUAAUCCUGAAAUGAGGGAAGCAUAUUCGUCAUUCAUGCGAGAGUAUGAACAUUUGGGACACAUGAUAAGGCUUGAGGAGCCAAUUGAUGAAUCAUGUCCACAUUACUACCUACCGCACCAUGCUGUUGUAAAAGAAUCCAGCACAUCGACAAAGGUUCGUGUAGUAUUCGAUGCUUCGUGUAAGACGACGUCAGGUUAUUCGUUGAACGAUUCCCUGCUGGUUGGACCUGUCGUUCAGCAAGAUCUAUACACUAUUAUGCUUCGAUUUCGGUCACAUGCUAUUGCGCUCACAGCUGACGUUGAAAAGAUGUACCGUCAAAUCCGACAUCACCCUGCAGAUAAAAACUUUCUUCGAAUUCGGUACAGAAAGGAUCCGUCAGAACCAAUAGCAACCUUCGAGUUACAAACCGUAACGUAUGGUACCGCAUCUGCGCCAUUCUUAGCCACACGGACAUUGAAGCAAAUUGCAUACGAUCAUCAGGAACAGUAUCCUCGAGCAGUCGUUCCGGUGCUUCGAGAUUUCUACGUUGAUGAUCUGUUGACGGGGACAGAUGAAAUAUCAGACGCGAUCGAGAUGCAGAAACAAAUCUCAUCCAUGUUGCAGUCAGCUGGGUUCGCGCUGAAAAAGUGGGCAUCGAACAAUCCUAAGGCGCUUCACGGGAUCCCUCAGGAAGAUUUGGCAUUGCAAACAUGCCAUGAAUGGAAAAAAAUCGCAAUUUGUGUCCACUUUGGGACUGAUCUGGGAGCCAACAGCAGACGUUAUUCGGUUUCGCAUCGAACUACCUCCUUCCGCAUCAGUGUUGACAAAGCGCUUGGUUUUAUCGUAUAUCGCUAAAAUAUUCGACAUCCUCGGAGUACUCGGCCCAACGAUAGUUAUUGCCAAACUAUUUAUGCAGCAGUUAUGGUCGCUUAAGGAAAAUGGUGUUGCACUGGGUUGGGACAGUGAGCUACCAUUGCAUCUUCAACAAGAGUGGAACAGGUUUCACUCAUCGCUACAUUCUCUUCGUGAGUUGCACAUUCCACGGUUCAUAUCGCUUCCAAAUGCAACUACCACCCAAUUGCAUGUCUUCGCGGAUGCUUCUCAAGCAGCAUACGGAGCAUGUUGCUACUUCCGGGCAGAAAAUCAUCAUGGGAUUUCUGUGAACCUGUUGACCGCAAAGUCAAAGGUUGUUUCACUAGCUAACACUCACUCGAUCGCCAGACUCGAGCUCUGCGCUGCACGGUUAGCCAUACAAUUGGUUAAGAGAAUCAGUACGUCACUCAAUACUCCCAUCAUCAUCUUCUGUUGGACUGAUUCGAUGACGGUGUUAUAUUGGCUAAAGUCACCUCCACGUCGCUGGAAGCCAUUUGUCGCCAACAGAGUGGCACAGAUCCAACAGGAAACUCGGAUCAAAUGCUGGAGACACGUUCCUGGGGUGGACAAUCCAGCAGAUGAUAUAUCUCGUGGGCUGCUUCCAGACAAGCUACUAUCUUCUCAUCGCUGGUGGCAUGGGCCACAUUGGUUAAGUAGCAAGGAGGCAGAUUGGCCACAUAACCCUACCACAGAAGAAAUCGUUUGCAAUGACGAGGAGAGAGCUACACAAUUGGUUGCUGCAACAUCUACAACGAACGAUUUUGGCAGCAAAUAUUUCGCACGGUUUUCUGGCUACCUGAAACUUCUCCGAACGACGGCCUACGCCUUGCGCUAUCUUCGAUGCUUAAAGGAUAGCGUAUCUUCGGUAACAGCAGUUAGCAGAAAAAAUACAACAGUUGCAGAACUUAU